AUGAAGAGAGUUAGAGAAGAUGUUUACACUGAAUCCCAAAGGCGAAGAACGCCUGAAACUUCGUCUCCAGGAGAAACAAAUGGGCAAGCUCGAACCAUCAAGGGAGGAUUAACCACAACUGAUGCCCUGACCUAUCUCAAAGCUGUGAGGGAAAUGUUUCGUGAUAAUCAAGAGAAAUAUGAGACAUUCCUUGAGCUCAUGAAGGACUUUAAAGCUCAGAGAGUCACCACUGAAGGUGUCAUAGAAAGAAUAAAAGUUUUGUUCAAGGGUUACACGGACCUACUUUUAGGUUUUAAUACCUUCUUGCCCAAAGGGUACAGAAUAAUUCUGCCCGAGGAAGAGAAACCUAAGAUCAAAGUGGAUUUCAAAGACGCCAUCGGUUUCGUCACCAAGAUUAAGGCAAGGUUCGGAAGUGAUGAACAUGCGUAUAAAAGGUUUCUAGACAUCUUGAACAUGUACAGAAAGGAUAGAAAGUCCAUCUCUGAGGUCUAUGAAGAGGUUACUAUGUUGUUCAAGGGGCAUGAAGAUCUGCUCGUGGAGUUCGUUAAUUUCUUACCUAAUUGUUCAGAAAUAGCUUCUCCUUCUGCAAGGAAUCCAGUAGUACGUCGUAAGGGAACUGCAACCCCUGCCACGCAUCCAAUUCAAUCUGAUAAGAAAAUAAAACUACGAUGUAAGCUUGAAGUUCACUCUGAUGACUCUGAUCAACAAGAAGAUGGUGAUGAGAACCUUGUGACUUGCUCUCCUGGGGACAACGGGGGAAACCAAGAUUCUGAAAGUGGAGAAGAUGCUGAUAGAGAUGCAGAUAGAACUGAAAAAGGUGCAGCUUCUGGCAGUAAAGACAUCGGAAAUCACAAAAUUCCACUAUCUACUUCUAAGUAUGAGGGAACACCUAUAAAUGAACUUGAUCUUUCUGAAUGCACUCGGUGCACGCCAAGUUAUCGACUCCUGCCAAAGGAUUAUCCAGUUGAGAUUCCAAGCUACAGAAAUACACUUGGCAAAAAGGCACUUAAUGACCACCUGGUAUCUGUCACCUCGGGAAGUGAAGAUUACUCAUUCAGUCAUAUGCGCAAAAACCAGUAUGAAGAAAGCUUGUUUCGGUGUGAGGAUGACAGGUAUGAAAUGGACAUGUUACUAGGAUGUGUAAGUUCAGCCAUCAAGCACGUGGAAAUCCUUCUGGAAAAGAUCAACGACAACACAAUCUCAACAGACUCUCCAAUAUGUAUUGAAAAACACUUAUCAACUAUGAACUUAAGAUGCAUUGAGCGAUUAUACGGUGAUAAUGGGCUUGAUGUCAUGGAUCUUUUGAAGAAGAAUAUUCAUAGCGCUUUACCGGUGAUACUGACACGCUUGAAGCAGAAGCAAGAAGAAUGGGCAAGGUGCCACUCUGAUUUCCAGAAAGUUUGGGCCGAAGUUUAUGCUAAGAAUCACCAUAAGUCACUAGAUCAUCGGAGUUUCUAUUUCAAGCAGCAGGACUCUAAGAACUUGAGCACUAAAUGUUUAGUGGCAGAGAUAAAAGAAAUCAGUGAGAAAAAGCAUGAAGAAGAUUUGCUUCAAGCUAUUGCAGUUGGACCUAUGCCCACUUUUUCUCCGGAUUUGGAGUUCAAUUAUUGUGAUACACAAGUUCACGAAGAUCUGUAUCUGCUUAUCAAAUAUUACUGUGAAGAAACAUGUGCUACUGAACAAUCAGAUAGGGUAAUGAAGCUGUGGAUAACCUUUCUGGAGCCCAUGUUUAACAUUCUUUUGAGGUCUCAAGCCAACCUGGCUAUGGAAGAUCUGUCAAAUUUAAAAAACGGCAACCAAGAUUUGCAUGAUCCAUGCGUGGCAGUGAAGGCCAGCGCUUCUGGGUCAAACCGUAAACAUCCAAUAUCCCCGAAACCGUUGAACAAAGAUAAUCCAACAAUGCAAGGAAGCUCUCCUGGGAAAACAGUUCGGCACGAUAAACUGCAAGCCGAUGCAGCUAUGACUAAUGAGGUUAUCCAGUCUUCCAAACUAGUGUCGCCCAGAAACAAAAAAAUAACGGAGGGUGUAAUGAAUCAUAAGGUUAACGAAGUAUCAGUCAGAAAGCGUGAGGCUGAGCGAGAAGAGGGUGAAUUAUCUCCCACCAACAGCUGUAAGCAAGGCAAUUUUAAGGUUAAUGGACAGAAUGGUCUCAAGCCUUCGCAAAGGAUGAUGGACAAUGUCAGAAGCAAUAAAGACCAACAAAGCUGUGAUAAAAAGGGAGCUUACUCUACUGAAACAGGGGCAAAGAGCAAUGAUCGCGCUGAAGAUGACAAAAAUGAAAAUUGUCAGAAGUUAUCAGAGGAUAAUGGGGCUGACUCUGAAGAGCAUAACGGAGUUGUGAACUGUGAUGGGCCUCUUAGUGUGGCUGAAGGGGAGGGUAAUGGAAAUGAAGGAGAAGCUGGAUCAUUUGCAUAUUCAGAACGGUUUCUGCAAACUGUAAAACCUGUUGCCAAGCAUGUGUCUUUGCCAUUGCCAUUGCAAGCUAGUGAAACUGGCACCCAGAAGGAUUCGCGAGUGUUUUACGGGAAUGAUUCCUAUUAUGUCCUAUUUAGGCUUCAUCAAAUGCUGUACGAGAGGAUACAAUCAGCAAAGAAAAUCUCAGAAAAGAAGUGGAAGGCUUCAGAUAGCACAACUCCUGAUUCUUAUCCCAGGUUCAUGGAUGCACUCUAUAAUAUACUUGACGGCUCUAGUGACAAUACAAAGUUUGAAGAUGAAUGCCGAGCUAUUUUUGGAGCACAGUCAUAUGUUCUCUUCACAUUGGACAAGCUGGUUCAGAAGUUUGUUAAGCAUCUCCAUGCGGUUGCAGCUGAUGAGACGGACACCAAGCUUCUGCAACUAUAUGGAUAUGAGAACUACAGAAAACCAGGACGAUUCCUUGAUCUAGUGUAUUAUGAGAAUGCACGUGCCCUCCUCCAUGAGGCAAACAUAUACCGGAUCAGAUAUUCAUCGGCAGAAACCCAUCUCUCGAUUCAGCUUAUGAACAGCGGGAACAUUCAGCCUGAAGUACCAGGUGUAGCGAUGGAGCCGAGUUUUGCAGACUAUCUGCAAAACCAAUUUUUGACAUUCGACGAUGAUGAAGAGAAGCACGGACUAUAUCUGAAAAGGAACAAAGAGAAAUUCGCCGGUGUAGAUGAAACAUCUGGGAUGCCCGCUGCAAUGGAAGGACUGAAUAUCAUUAACGAGAUGGAAUGUAAAAUGGCUUGCAGUUCUUCAAAGGUGAAGUAUGUAGGAAACACGUCAGAUCUUUUGUAUAGAAGCAAACAGAGGAAUCCGAAUCCAAAGGGACCGAGGCUUAAAAGAGUCAGCGAGAUCUCGAAAGAGAGGAGAAUAUCGCGGUUUAACAUAAUGCUGAAUUGCAAACUUUUGGCCUUGCCUCCUCUAUAA